AGUUGAAAAAAACUUUCGUGCGAGACAGACGUGUGUGACGGAGCUGCGCUUUUUUAUUCGAACUAAACCCGAAUCCAAUUGUUGACUGCAGCUUUGGCGCGACUUUUCGCGAAGUGAACGAUCUGAAAGCUAAGCGAAAUUAGAUGUGAAACAAGUGUGCAUGGCACGUUGAAAAGAAAUAGAGAAAUAAGGUGCAUAUAUGUGCAGCAAGUGUAACGUUAUCCAAUACCCAAGCUAAAGAAAAUUAAAAGCAAAAAAUCAAACACAAAUAAUACCCCUUAGUGGCCAGCAGCCAUGUCUACGAAACUGGAGCAGCAGCACUCGAAGCCCAUUCUGAGUCCAACUCGAUCCCUGGACGAAGGUUUCGAAAGUGAUCCGGAUCGGGUUUCCACUGAUUCGGAGCAUCAGACAAGUGGAACCAAUAGCAGCAGCACUUGCAACAACAAUACAGGCAGCAGCAACAACAACAAUGCCAGCAAGCUUGCGCAGCUCAGCUCGGCGGCCACUGGGGGCGCCACUAAGACAACGGCCGGAGCUGGAGGAACUGUAUCCAAUACUUCUAUGGCAAAUUCCGGAAAUGUCAGGGGCUCACUGACUUUGGCCGCCCCCCAACUGCAAAGACGGGAGUUCUUCAAGGAUCAGGCGAAACUGCGGCAUCAGGCAUCGCCCCCGCAACAGCCACGCCUCCAGUACCAAAAACAACGACAACCCCUGGUGCCCAGUGCGGCCUCCACUGUUCACAAUCAUCGGUUAACUUCGUCGGUUCAGGGUUCCUCGGGAUCGGGAAGCAGUCUGGGAACCGGAACUGGAACUGCCAACUAUCGACGUGGACGCCGGAUUCACAUGAAUCCCCCUCGAAACGGGAUACGCUCCCACUCCGUGGACGCCAUAUCGCGAAGCAAUCGCAAUGGCUACGAUCCCAGUAGCCUGAUCCUGAAACACGACGGAAAUGGUAAUAUAAGCAGCAGCAACGCUGGAGGAGGCACCACCCGCAUGCUAAACUACAAGACCACGGGCGGAGGCAGUCCAGCCGGAACCUCAGCAGCCGGACAGGCUUUACUCGUCCAACCGAUUUCCAGUGCCACCCUAUCUCCGCUGGUGGCCGCUGGCGUCGUCGAUGUGGUCGAGGCAGGUGGCUCCUCACCGGUGAUUGCCUCGGCCACCCACAGCCUGUACACUUUCUAUCCGGCGGAGGGUAAUCUGCAGGUGUGGCAGACGGAGUGCGGCGACCUCACCUAUAAGUCGUCCCGGAAUAUGCAUCAACUACACAAAGCGCCCGUGUGCUGGACGCAGUCCAUUCCGAGGCAGGCGAGAAGAUACAUAACACCAGCAGCAGCUGCCUCGGCGACGGCAACCACUUCAACCUCAGCGACAGGAGGCGUCGGUGGCAGCAAUCUGGCGGUUUAUCCCACCGCCACCGCCCAGGUGUACCGCUCCAACAACGGCCUGGAUGUUCUGGACUGCGCUGGACUCGAACACCACAGCACGGCCACUACGUCCGGACACUCCGGUAGCGGCUUCUCCCAGCGCCUCAGGGAACUGGCCGCCUCGGCCGGACUGCUCUCCCUUAAGCCCCGCCAGCCCCUCAAGCCGGUCAUCAAAACGCGCGGCUCCCCCGGACCGGAAUUUCCCAAGAAGGUUACUUUCAGUGCUUUUGCCACUGUGCAAGUGGUAUAAAAGGGCGGAGCAGUGGGUCUAGCAUCUGUGCAGGCACAGAGCAAGUUCCACCUGGCACUUGUUAACCAUUAUUUGUUGUUGUUUUAUGUUUGUUGCUGUUGUUAAAUGUUUAGCCAAAACUAUAGGAACGAUAAGCGAAGAACCAUUCCUAAAAAGAUUUAAUGAAACGAGAACGGAAGAUAGCUUCGGCAAGCCGAAGUCUUAAUACCCUUGCAGUCUUACCGAAAAUUAAUGAUGCGAAAAAGUAUAUGAAAGCUAAGAAAUUAAAUAGAAUGAGAGAUACACGCACAUUUCUUUGAAAACAACAUCAUUUUACCCGAUCGUUCCUAAUGCAGCUAUAGGAUAUAGUCGUCCGAAUUUUGCCAUGAGUCGUGCACACGUAAAAAAAAUACAAAUGGGUUUUUGUUAGAGCCAGUAUAGCAGAUAUAUGAUAGCUUUGAUUUUAAUAAAACUCAAGGUGUUUCAAACAUGCGUUAACAUAUAAAACAAAGAAUGCAAAAAUUUUAAAUGUCUAGCCUUAAAGCUAAGCUCGCAAAUGGUAUAGAAACAGACGGAUAUGGCUAUAUUAACUCGCCUAGUGAUGAUAAUGAUGCGCUGAUCAAGAAUAUAUGUACUUUAUAGGGUCGCAAAAGUGUGACCAAAAUUAAAAUACCUUCUGCAAGGGUAUACAAAUGUUGUGCCAUGGCUGUGGCUUGCAAUAGAAAAUAUAACCAUAUAGAAAGGAUUAACUCACCCCAUAGCUGAAUAAAAUACCUCAAGACCCCAAAUUUGUAGCCGCCCUUCUCUUAUCUUUGCUAUACUAGUACACUUUCCGUUGUUAGACUGACUUUUCAUCUACCUUCUAUUGUUAAUUUCCAGCACACUCUACUAAAACAGUAUUUUCCAUCAUUUUUUCAUUUUUUAAUCACUUUCCUUACAAACAUGCCCAAAUAAAACGUUCUAAAAUACAAAGACUAUAAACGCAGAAAUUCUAAAUAUUUUCUUUUAAAUUGCUAAUAUUUAUGAAUUUUUGCUUAUUACAACUCUAACAAAAAAUAUAGUCAUAAAUAUAUUUACAUAAUAUGUAAGUCUGUUUUGUGUAUGUGUUUAUAUAUAAACCAUGAUUUUGCAUCAAUUAUUUUAAAGGAAAUGAAAAACCCCUUUCGAAUUCAAACAAAUUCUUAGCGAUACUAAUGUUUAUUGUAUUUAAAGUAUAAUAAAAUAUAUUAUUUAAGUCUUAUAUUAUGCACGAUAAAUAAAAAUGAA